AUGGCGGGCCCGUGGCGGGCGCUGCGGAGGGCGCGGGGCUGGGUGGCCCUGGCGAGGCUGCGGGCGAGGCCGGACAAGUUCGGGGGGGUGAGCGUGGAUCUGGGCGAGCUGCGCGGCUCCCCGCGGCUGGAGCGGGCCGCCUUCGGGCGGUGGCUGCGGGAGUCAGUGUCUCAGUGGCGGGAUGAAGGCCGUGUUGCUGUCUGGCUCCAUGUCCCCAUCCUCCAGAGCAGCCUUGUGGCAGUGGCUGCUUCCCAAGGCUUUGCUUUCCAUCACGCUGAGCAGGGCUCAUCCACCCUGACACUGUGGCUGGGAGAGGGGCCCAGCAGGCUGCCAGGCUUCGCCACACACCAGCUGGGGGUUGCAGGUGCUGUUCUAGAUGAAAGCACUGGAAAGGUGUUGGUUGUACAAGACAGAAAUAAGACUAUAAAUGCAUGGAAAUUUCCAGGAGGUCUGUCUAAUCCAGGAGAAGACAUUGGAGACACAGCAGUUCGAGAGGUUUUUGAAGAGACUGGCAUCAAGUCAGAGUUCAAGUCCAUCCUAAGCAUCAGGCAGCAACACGAACACCCCGGAGCCUUCGGGAAGUCAGACAUGUACAUCAUCUGCCGCAUGCAGCCCUCCUCCUUCCACAUCAGCUUCUGCCAGCAUGAGUGCCUCCGGUGUGAGUGGAUGGACCUGGAGGAGCUGGCCAGGACAGAAAACACCACACCCAUCACCAGCAACGUGGCCAAGCUCUUACUGUUCGGGUACCGGGAAGGGUUUGAUAGGAUUGACAUAACCAUGAGGGAGUUCCCAGCUGUCUACACAGGCCUGUUCUAUAAACUCUACCACAGGGAGCUGCCCGAGUCCUACAGAAACAUGACGUGAGAGCAAUACAUUUCACAUUUCCUUAUAGUAAUAAUUUAGAGUUAUUAUUGCAGUGUUGCAGAUUACAGUUAUCUGUGGACUUCUUUCUAGGUAAUUAUUAGAUUGUAAUUGUUCUCUAAUAAGCUAAGAUAUAAAUUAUUUUUAAAGGUAAUUAUUGCUAUGAGUGUGCAUCAGGUUUGUUCUCCUCUACUCCAUAAAGCAAGCACAAGGUAAAUAAAAUACAUAAGUACCUAGAAGAAAACAGAAGUGUUACUGAUCCUGAAAAUAUAUUCUGCAAGUCAUUUUAUCUCACACACACUGGCACGAUAGGUUUAAAGAGCAAUGUAAAAACAGUAUGAAACAUUAAUGAUUCAAUCUGGUAUCUGCAAAAGUAGUUAUAAUAUCAGCAAAUAAUUGCUUAUAUUUGGCUACUUCAGAGAGGAGAAGGAAAGGCGACAUCUUUAGUGCUGGUGUGGCACUGGUGCUCAGAAUCUGCCAUGGAAGUCAGCUUUUAGCAGACAUGGGAAGGAAAAGGAUAGCUUUCUGUCCAGGUCCAGUUUUUGGUCCAGGUUUGUACUGUCCAGUUCUUUUUAGUGCCACGUACCAAUCCGAGUAUUUCCGUGAGCGGUAAGUGUUGUAGUUAUUGGAUUCCAAACGCUCAAAAAAGAAACAUUCUUCUGUUGCGUAUUUCUAAAAGGGAAAAGAGAAAGAAUUACUGGUGUAGCACCACAAAUCAAUUCUUCACAUUCAGGGGACUAACUUAGCAAGAAUGUGAACAGUACCUUGGCUUUAAAGAAAUAGAGAAUGACUGUUUCACGACUGAAGAAAUUGUGAAUUUAUUGAUUUAUUGUGAAAAUGUUGUUAAAAGCACCUACAAGAAGAGGUUUUUACCUAUGGUUCAUUUAUUGUCUCUAACACAGACCAAGCAGCUUUUACUUUGCUUUUACUGUGUAAUUCUUUGUUCUGAUAAAAAAAUGUAUAAAGAAGCCUUUAAGAACCAAAACUUUAAGCAGAGUGUAGACAAUUCAGUACAAUUGCCCAAGCUGGAAAUUCAGGCACAUCAAUAAAGGCUGAAAAAAGAAAAGUCCUUAUUCCUUCCCAAAGUAUACGUGACACCAGUGCUUUCCUACAGUACGUUGUCAAUGUAAACAUUUUGACAUAAACCCCAGCAUUUAGGUGACAAAUGACAA